UCAGCCAAUUGGUCCCCGCACCUUGAGUGAGCCCCUCGCCUGUUGCUUUACCCUCACUGUUGCCACAUUCCUCUCUCUCUCUCUCUCUCUCUCUCUCUUCUGGCUGGCUUGCUAUCUGUCUCGCUUCUAUCUAUCUCUCUGUCUGUCUACUCCUGGAUUUCCUCCGUCGUUACCACAAGUCUUCUUCACUUCCAUCUCUUUGCCACUCUUGCUUCACAUCUGAAACAAAGAGCAAAAGAAUCCGCCAACUAGCGCACCAAACCAUCCCCUUCUAUGCGGAGAAACUAUCCCGCAACGAAAAAGCCUUAGUUGACGUGUUGCUGCUCGGAAAGCCUCUUUCCAAAGCUUGGGUUUCUAUGUUGGCCUGUGUUUGAGGAAUCACCCAAUACAACUCCAUCUGGGGAGAAUAUUGGUGCAUUACUUCCAUAGGGAGAGCUACUUUAAAGUUUCAAAAGAGAAUUUUAAAUGUCAUCCAAAGACGCUCUGAAUUAUCAAUUAAACCAAAAAACUUUUCUUGGAUUAAAGCUAUGGGUGGUUAUUGGCAUCAGUGUCUUUGGUUUAAUAAUGUUGGUUCUCAUUAUCUUCUCAAUAUGGUUUAUCUCACGGAGGAAAACUGGAGUAAUCCUCAACAGAAUUCCACCUACACAAAUCCCUGACAUUUCCAAGGAAAUAACUGUUGACCGAGUUGCGCGAAACAAUUUAGGAAGUUCUUUACAUGAGUGUGAAGGGCCCAUCACUACCAACGAUAAUAAAAUUAAUGAGAAGGAUUCUAUGGUGACAUUAGGAAAUCUGGCUGUGAGCAAGUCAAGUGAAGCUGAUAACCUUAGCCAAUGCAGUUCAGUUUUCCCUGACAAGGCUGCGAGCUCAUAUUCUGGGGAUGAAGGUAGCUCAGGAACAACACAGAGGCCUCAUUCUCCAAAUGUAGGACUUGUAUCAGCUUCUCCUUUAGUGGGACUGCCUGAGUUCUCACAUUUAGGCUGGGGGCAUUGGUUUACUCUAAGGGAUCUUGAAUAUGCUACCAGUCGCUUUUCUAGAGAGAAUGUGAUUGGUGAGGGUGGGUAUGGUGUUGUUUAUAGGGGUCGUUUGAUAAAUGGAACUGAGAUUGCUGUUAAAAGGCUGCUUAACAAUAUGGGGCAGGCAGAGAAGGAGUUUAGAGUGGAGGUAGAGGCUAUUGGCCAUGUUCGGCAUAAGAAUCUGGUUCGACUAUUGGGUUAUUGUGUUGAAGGAAUUCACAGGAUGUUAGUGUAUGAGUAUGUAAAUAAUGGCAACUUAGAGCAAUGGCUUCAUGGUGCCAUGCGUCAACAUGGAGUUCUCAGUUGGGAAUCGCGGAUGAAGGUUAUCCUUGGCACUGCGAAGGCGCUGGCUUAUUUACAUGAAGGCAUUGAACCGAAGGUUGUGCAUCGAGAUAUAAAAUCAAGUAAUAUCUUAAUUGAUGAUGAAUUUAAUAGCAAAGUUUCUGAUUUUGGGUUGGCCAAGCUCUUGGGAUCUGGAAAAAGCCAUUUGACAACAAGAGUAAUGGGGACAUUUGGAUAUGUGGCUCCUGAAUAUGCUAACACUGGACUGCUAAAUGAGAAAAGUGAUGUUUAUAGUUUUGGGGUAUUACUCUUGGAAGCUGUAACAGGAAGAGAUCCUGUAGAUUAUGGUAGGCCUGCAAAUGAGGUAAAUCUUGUAGAGUGGAUAAAAUUCAUGGUUGGAAGCAGGAGAUCUGAGGAAGUGGUUGAUCCAAGUCUUGAGGUCAAACCUUCAUCUAAAGCUCUUAAGCUUGCCCUUCUGGCUUCAUUGAAAUGUGUGGAUCCUGACGCACAGAAGAGACCAAAGAUGGGCCAGGUUGUUAGACUGCUUGAAGCAGAAGAUUACCCAUUCCGUGAGGAUCGGAAAAAUCGCAGAAGCCAAACUGCCAAGGAGUUUUCUAUGAGGGAUGCAUCAAGUUCGAUUGAUUUUGAUAGGAAGCCUGAAGCAUUAUCUAUUAUGGGUUAAGAGCAUCUUCUCUUUGCUAACAAUAUUUUAAAUUCCUGAUUUACAGUGAAGCCCCUAUAGUUUUUUCUCUAUUUGGAUAGGGACAGAUUGAGGGCUUUUU